GGCAGGAAGAGACGAACCCACCCGCAGCCGCCGGCCCCGCGCGUCCCCUCCUGCCUCCCGACCCUCACCAUGUGGGGUCUUCUGUUCACCCUGGCCGCCUUCGCGCCUGCCGUCGGUUUGGGUCUGGGGGCGCCCGGCGCCUCGCUGCCGGGCCUUGCGCCGCCCUCCACCACCGAGGCUCCGGGCUCGACCCCCGCCCAGCGUAGCAGUCCGGCUCAGCUGCCCGCGGAGAGGGCGAACGGAACAUCAGAACAGCAUGUCCGGAUUCGAGUCAUCAAGAAGAAAAAGAUUAUUAUGAAGAAGCGAAAGAAGCUGACUCGUCCUAGUCCUCUGGUGACUGCUAGGCCAGUGGUGACCACCAGCCCAGCAGAGACCCUCAACCUCACUGAGAAACAGGAGCCAGGCUGUCCCCCUUUGGGCCUGGAGUCCCUUCGAGUUUCAGAUCACCAGCUAGAGGCAUCCAGCAGCCAGUCCUUUGGUCUUGGACCACACCGAGGUCGGCUCAACAUCCAGUCAGGCCUGGAGGAUGGUGAUCUAUAUGAUGGAGGCUGGUGUGCUGAGGAGCAGGACACUGAGCCGUGGCUUCAGGUGGAUGCUGGGCACCCCACCCGCUUCUCAGGUGUUGUCACACAGGGCAGGAACUCGGUCUGGAGGUAUGACUGGGUCACAUCAUACAAAGUCCAGUUCAGCAAUGACAGUUGGACCUGGUGGGGGAGUAAGAACCACAGCAGUGGGAUGGAUGCGGUAUUUCCUGCCAAUUCAGACCCAGAAACCCCAGUGCUAAACCUCCUGCCAGAGCCCCAGGUGGCCCGCUUCAUCCGCCUACUGCCCCAGACCUGGCUUGAGGGAGGCGCACCUUGUCUCCGGGCUGAGAUCCUGGCCUGCCCAGUCUCAGAUCCUAACAAUCUAUUAUUCUCUGAGCCACCUGUGCUGGGAUCUUCUGACCCUCUGGACUUUCAGCAUCAUGAUUACAAGGCCAUGAGGAAGCUGAUGAAGCAGGUGAACGAGCAGUGCCCCAACAUCACUCGCAUCUACAGCAUUGGGAAGAGUCACAAGGGCCUGAAGCUGUAUGUGAUGGAAAUGUCGGAUCGGCCUGGGGAGCAUGAGCUGGGAGAGCCUGAGGUGCGCUACGUAGCUGGCAUGCACGGGAACGAGGCCCUGGGGCGGGAGUUGCUUCUGCUCCUGAUGCAGUUCUUGUGCCAUGAGUACCUGCGAGGGGACCCACGGGUAACCCGGCUGCUCACCGAGAUGCGCAUCCACCUGCUGCCCUCCAUGAACCCUGAUGGCUAUGAGACUGCCUACCGCCGGGGCUCAGAGCUCGUGGGCUGGGCGGAGGGCCGCUGGAACCACCAGGGGAUUGACCUUAACCACAAUUUUGCUGACCUCAACACACAACUGUGGGAGGCAGAGGAUGACGGGCUGGUGCCCCAUACUGUUCCCAACCAUCACCUGCCCCUGCCCACUUACUACAUCCUACCUAAUGCCACCGUGGCUCCUGAAACUCGGGCAGUGAUCCAGUGGAUGAAGCGAAUCCCUUUUGUACUGAGUGCCAACCUCCAUGGGGGUGAGCUCGUGGUAUCCUACCCAUUCGACAUGACACGGACCCCGUGGGCUGCCCGAGAACUCACGCCCACACCAGAUGAUGCUGUGUUUCGCUGGCUCAGCACCGUCUAUGCUGGCACAAAUCGGGCCAUGCAGGACACAGACCGCCGACCCUGCCACAACCAGGACUUCUCUUUGCACGGCAACGUCAUCAACGGGGCUGACUGGCACACAGUUCCUGGGAGCAUGAAUGAUUUUAGCUACCUACACACCAACUGCUUUGAGGUCACUGUGGAGCUGUCCUGUGACAAAUUCCCUCAUCAGAAUGAGCUGCCCCAGGAGUGGGAGAACAAUAAAGAUGCCCUCCUGACCUACCUAGAACAGGUGCGCAUGGGCAUUGCAGGAGUUGUACGGGACAAGGAUACAGAGCUUGGGAUUGCUGAUGCUGUCAUUGCCGUGGAUGGGAUUAACCACGAUGUCACAACUGCAUGGGACGGGGAUUACUGGCGCCUGCUGACCCCAGGGGACUAUAUGGUGACCGCUAGUGCUGAGGGCUACCAUUCAGUGACACGGAGAUGCCGGGUCACCUUUGAAGAGGGCCCUGUCCCCUGCAAUUUCUUGCUUACCAAGACUCCUAAAGAGAGACUAAGAGAGCUGCUGGCAGCCGGAGCGAAGAUACCCCCAGACCUUCGGAGGCGGCUGGAGCGGCUGAGGGGACAGAGGAAUUAAUACCUUUGAUUGAAGAGCCUCAGAGCCUUGGACAGGCUGGACCUGUUCAGAACUGAAGGGGAAACCUAGGGAGGGAGGGGCAAAGUGGAGGAAGAGGCCCUCAGGCUCAUUAAAGCUACCUGACACCUACCUUAGCU